AUGAGUUUUGAAUUGUGGGAUAGGUUUGUGUGUAACGUCUGUGUGUUUUUCAGGAAUUUGUCUGGGAAUAUCUUUUCCACGCUGCCGGAGGGUUUGUUCACACAUGUCCCGUCUCUCAGAGCGCUGCACGUGGGCACAGACUAUCUGUUCUGUGAUUGUCAGCUGCGCUGGUUGUUGUCGUGGAUCAGAUCUCAGGCGGUGCGUGUGGGGAAUGAAUCCGUAUGCGUGUAUCCGGCUCGUCUUCAUGGACUGGAGCUGCGCAGCCUUCAGGAGCAGCAGCUCACCUGCGACGGCCCGCUGGAGCUCCCCGUCCUGCAGCUCAUCCCGACCCAGCGGCAGCUGGUGUUUCGCGGGGACCGUCUGCCGCUGCAGUGCGCUGCCUCGUUCCUCGACCCGUCCGUCAGACUGUCCUGGAGCCACGAGCAGCGUCCCGUCCACACGCUGGAGCACAGAGGACUGUAUGUGGAGGACAGCAUCAUCCACGACUGCUGCCUCAUUACCAGCGAGCUCAUCCUGUCCAACAUCGAUGCCGGCGUUUCCGGUAAUUGGCAGUGUCACGUGACCAGUUCCCGUGGCAACAGCUCAAUCGGAAUGGAGAUUGUGGUGCUGGAGACAACGGUGCUGUACUGUGGAGCCGAGAGGGUCAGUAGCAACAAGGGCGACUUCAGGUGGCCGAAGACGUUGGCCGGUUUCAUGGCCUUCCUGCCGUGUGCCGUGUCCCGCUCUGGCUCCGCCCCACAGGAGAAAAGGGCGUGGUCCCGCUCUGACUCGGCCCCUAAGGAGAAAAGGGCGUGGUCCCGCUCUGACUCGGCCCCUCAGGAGAAAAGGGCGUGGCGCAGGUGUGACCGCACGGGCCGCUGGGCGGAGCACGACUACAACCAGUGCUCAUACACCAGCCAGUUCACCCGCAGCCUGCAUGAGCUCACACAGAUGUCGGUGAACGUCUCCAGCGCUCUGAUGCUGGCGCUGCAGCUCUCGUCUCUCACCAGCAGGGCGGCGCUGUUUGGAGACGUGAUGGAUGUGAUAUUCGUCACUCAUCUGGUAGAAAGACUCACACGUCUGGUGGAUCAUGUCAGAGAGGUUUCGGUGAACAUCGCUCUGGAGGCGCUGCUGCUUCGGCCGGACUCUCUCAUGGGUUUAUUGUGUACGGUGGAGCAGCGUCUGCCUCUGCUGCCCCCGGUGGCCGACGCUCCACAGCACAACACCCUCCUCAACUUCAGAUGCCACACGCUUAACGUCUCCGGGUCACCUGUGGGUCAGCUCAGCCAGAACACGGUGGCCAUCGCCUCCAUACAUUUCCCGCUGGCUACCCCUCGGUCUGUGGAGAACUGCAUCUGUAAGCUGCAGCUGAUCGUCUUCCGCAAUGGAAAACUCUUUCCGUGCACGGGGAAUUCGUCAAAUCUUGCGGACGAUGGCAAGCGCAGAAGCGUUUCGACACCAGUUGCAUUCACCAAAUUAGAUGGGUGUAGCCCCGGGAGCCCCGUGCAGCCGGUUACCGUCGCUCUCCGGCACUUCUCGUUGGGUGUAGACCCCACCGCGGCAUACUGGGAUUUUGACCUGCUGGAUGGACACGGCGGCUGGCGCGCGGAAGGCUGCCACAUAACGGGCUCCGCGCACAACACGACCACCAUCCACUGCGCGCACCACAACAACCUCGCCGUGCUCAUGGAUCUGAAGAAGGUGCUGUCGUUCCCUCCGUAUCCGGGAGAGUUCCUGCACCCGGUGGUUUACGCCUGCACCGCCGUCAUGCUGCUCUGUCUGUUCGCCUCCAUCAUCACCUACAUAGUGCACCACAGCACAAUCCGGAUCAGUCGGAAAGGAUGGCACAUGCUUCUCAACUUCUGCUUCCACACGGCCCUGACGUUCGCUGUCUUCGCCGGAGGCAUCAACCGAAUCAAAUACCCCAUCAUCUGCCAGGCCGUCGGUAUUGUCUUGCAUUACUCGUCUCUGUCCACGAUGCUCUGGUUGGGCGUCACGGCACGAAACAUCUACAAACAGGUGACCAAAAAACCACAGCAGCCGCAGAACGGAGACCACGCGCCGCCUCACCCCGCCAGAUCACCCAUGCUGAGGUUUUAUUUAGUGAGUGCAGGAGUUCCCUUCAUCAUCUGCGGCAUCACAGCAGCCAUCAGCAUCGAGAACUACGGCAGCGGAGAGCAGACGCCAUUCUGUUGGAUGGCGUGGGAGCCGAGUCUGGGCGCCUUCUACGGCCCCGUGGGCUUCAUCAUCCUAGUGACCUGCGUCUACUUCUUGUGCACCAUCAUCCAGCUGCGCAAACACCCCGAGCGGAAAUACGAGCUGAAGGCGGUGAGCGAGGAGCAGCAGCGGCUCUCUGACGUCCACCAGGGGGAGCCGGCGAGCGGACGGUGUCACGGCGGCUGCCCGGGGCUCAUCAACCCAUCCACGCUGGCCAACGAACACUCGUUUAAAGCCCAGCUGCGGACGACGGCGUUCACGCUGUUUUUAUUCGCAGCCACGUGGACGUUCGGCGCACUUGCCGUUUCGCAAGGCCACUUUCUGGAUAUGAUCUUCAGCUGCUUAUACGGGGCGUUUUCCGUCACGCUCGGGUUGUUCGUUUUGAUUCAUCAUUGCGCAAAACGCGAUGAUGUCUGGCACUGCUGGUGCGCAUGCUGUCCCGGGCGACGCCCCUCCAACGCAUGCCACACCCACAGCCACGCCCACAAACUCAACAUAAACGGCGACGCCCACUCCCACUGCCAUCUAGAUGGUGGGAAACCUGUUCACUGCGCAUGUCGCGCCGCCGCGCAAAAUCACGUGACCUGCCUGACGCCGGUUUCACCGUGUUGCGCCGCUCUGCAUUCGCAACAGCUCCUAGAAGACGAAACAAGCGCGCAUGUGCUUCUCCACGCCGACCAUGACGGUUACCGACCCGCCGUGCGAUUGCACCGCUGCUCCAAACCCGUCAGAACUAAAACAAGGCGCCAACGCGAACUAGCAUUGCGCAUUCCCUCUGGAGCGGACGCCACUAGCGCGCACAGCUCGCGCGCUAACAGCCCACAUGCCCACAUUUGCCACUUGGCUCACGAAGUUUGCCCUCACGAGGCGCUCACGCUCUGCCACCAUCAUCACAUGUGCUGCGCAAAAGACGAGCUCCUCGACGCGGGCGAGAGCUUUCUGUGCGGGAAACUCGCGGAGGACGAUUUGCAUCACGCGCAUAUAGAGCUGCACGCCCGCAGACAGUCGCUGGCCAAUCAGAACGGCAUCCUGAAGGGAAAUGCGCUGUAUCCGUCCGACAUCACGGGGAAUAUACGCACCGGACCCUGGAGAAACGAAACUACCGUGUAGUUCGACCGAACUCCAACACUUCUUAGGAUUUAAGAAAGGAACUUUUUUUUAGUACCAUCACAAGCUCUUUCCUGCAUCAUUCAUCGUACAGGAUGAUUCUGCGGAUCGUACAAAUGCGAGAACGAAAAACCCGGGGCCUCAUUUAUAAUACACAUAUAUACAAGUUGAAGCCCACAAAUAUAUCUUUAUAUAAGAUGUACAGCCAUCAUCAAUG